AUGGACCAAGAAAUCCCGCUUCCGCCACCGCGACGCGUUCGUCAUCGAUCUCCGAGCAAGCCAUUAGACCAGUCUCUCCGAGCACCGAAGCGACCUUCGCGAUUGAGCAUCUCGAGCUUCCCUUCCAGCGACCCUGCUUUUUUCUCAAGUGAUGAUAUCCCCUCUUCAUCGUUGGAGAAUUACCAUGGACAGCAUCCCGAGAAUUCUAAGAAGCGACGGUAUCGUGGUACAUGGUGGGGUGAGAAGGCUAUGGAGGCGAAAAGAAAACGAGCCGAUUUUCGCGAGAAACGCCAUCUAGACAGUGGUGUGUGGAUGGGGAGUGAUGAGUCGUCGUCGGAGUGUCUCUUGUCAUCUGAAUCAUCCUCUUGCGAUGACUUUUUCGGGCAAGCCCAACAGACGACAUUGCCCGUGGUGAAGAGUACAACAAAAAGCAAUGGAAGCGAGCAUGGCUCUGGUCCUGCAUUUGUACCGCGCAAUACUCGCAAACAAGAUGAGCCGAAAGCGCACCAAGCUGCUAGAGCUCUAGUUAAUGACUGUCUCGAACAAGGUCAGGACAGUAUUGACUUGAGCGGCCUUGUCCUAAGAAUUCUUCCAUCAGAUUUACUUCGGCCCUUGUUACACUUGACGAAACAGCCACCGGUCACUGCCGGCCCAGUCACCGAUGAAGUCUUUACUUCGCUGACUCCUUUUCUUCGCGUUUUCUUAUCAGCAAACUCAUUGACACAAUUAACGUCCGAGCUCUUCGAGCUGGGCAAUCUGAAGGUCUUGAGUUUGCGAAAUAAUAAACUACGCGAAAUACCAAGCGCUAUUCGAAGACUGACUGAGUUACAAGAGGUCAACCUAUCAGUCAACCGUCUUAACACUCUGCCUUGGGAGAUGCUAUGGCUAAUCCGGAAAGGCGAUUUGAAACACAUGAUUGUUCAACCAAAUCCGCUAUUCUCUUUACACGAGGCCACUGAUAUUGAGCAAUGGCAUUAUGGAAAUCGAUCAGACAGCAUAACAGCGCCCCGACUGUGCGAAUAUGAGGGGCCCGUCCCUGAAGAGGCAUGGGCUCCCAUCCACAUAGCUACUAGUCGCGUUCAAUAUAUGGACAGUGAAGGCAACCGACUCAGUGAUAUAAAGAGUCGCCAACUCCGCGAAAAUACAAGCCGCGUUCCGUCUCUCCGCGAACUGGCUCUUCUUGAAUGCAACCGGGCUCCAUAUUUAGAUCAAUUCCUUGAAGAAGAUCUGACAGGGUAUCCCGAACUAGCCAUUCGGUUAUUACGACAGGCCACGGCAGUCCGGGACGCUGGCGGAAUGACCUGCUCUAUUUGCCAUCGCAGCUGCGUGAUUCCUCGUACGGAGUGGAUGGAAUGGUGGGACUGCACUACAUAUGAGAAUGGUCUGAAAGGCCCACGGGCAUCAGGUGCAGAGUUGCGUCCUCUGCCAUUUCUCCGUCGAGGCUGCAGCUGGGGAUGCGUCCCCACAGAUCAGAAUUAA